AAAAAAGUUUCUUUCUUUUUCCACGCAAGGAAAUUAACAGUGCCAAGGAGGAGAAAAUAUCAUCCAACCGGAAUGGAGGCUGGUCUUCUUCUACGAAGUCUUCUCCUCCAUCUCUACUUCUUCACUAUUUCCUUCCAUUUCUGCCGCUCUCCUGCUUUUGCGUUGCCCAUCGGCAUCCACCCUCUAGAUGAGAAGUACUAUUCAUCGGAGUUGAUCAAAUGUAAAGAUGGGUCAGAAUCUUUCACCAGAGACCGUCUAAAUGACGAUUUUUGUGACUGCCUGGAUGGCACUGAUGAGCCAGGAACUGCAGCCUGUCCCAAGGGAAAGUUCUAUUGCAAGAAUAUGGGCAGCACACCAAAAUUUUUGUUUUCAUCUCGAGUAAAUGAUCACAUUUGUGAUUGCUGUGAUGGAAGCGAUGAGAAUGAUGGCACCUUUAGUUGCCCAAACACUUGUGUUAUGGGCGGGGAUUUCUCCUAUCAGACAAGAAGUUAUGUUUCACAAGAUAAUUUAGAUUCAUUUGGCAGAAAAAUAGUUAAAGAUGGAGUUAAUAGAGAGGAUCCAGUACAGAAAGUUAAAGGUUUGAAGAUAUUGGUAGUCCUACAGGUUCUUCUUAUUGUUAUUGUUGUGGGCGUCCCACUAUUUUGUCGAAGUUCCAGAUCUAGAAGAAGACUUCCGCGUUGAUAGCAUUGAAUUCAAGAUUUCAUUUUGCAUCAAGGUGUUAUAAGCAGCCUCUGUUCUCAUGUCAGUGGUCUAAUAAUAGCUUUAGCUUUAUCUAACUGUAUGUAUUCAAGAUUGUUUUUCCAGUUUUUUCUUCUACAGAAUAUCAAGAAUGUAAUGGUUGUGAACAGUCAUAGGAUGAAUUGAUGAAAUUAUGAAUGUACUAUGAGUGUAAUUUUACCAAGUUAAUAUACCUUAAGCUGAUCAGA